CUUUCUUUCGCCUUCCCUUCGAUUCAAAAUCGUUGUUCUUGAAAGCCCUUCGCACCCUGCGUACUGCCAUUCGUUUCCAUCGCCUUCGGCCUCGGCGCGACUUCAUCGCUGAUGGACUCUCACAGCCAACGGCCUCCAGAACCGGAAGGUAAGGAGGCCCCCUCGUCUGCCAACUUCUUCAUAUGGGGGGUAGCACCCUGGACGCCUUCCAAGGUCAUCAGCCGGCCAUUCCUGACGGAGAAGAUAGCGGGCGACAUCAAGGAUGUGGCCAUUGGGGCCUCAUGGAUGGUCGCUCUUCUCGAGAACGGGGAGCUGUGGUCCUGGGGUGAGGACAGCAAUGGAUGCCUCGGACUGGUGGGCAAUGAACCCAUACACCAUACAUACACACUGGCAUGCACUCGUUCCUGCCUUUCUCCUCUCUGGGGGUGUGUUAAGGGCCAGGACCGCACGUCAGCGCCGGAGCCCGCGCAGAUUCAUUUGGAAACUCACAGCUUGGCGCUUCCCACCGCCGCGUCGCGUGUCAGUUUCGUUGACACGUCGCCAUCCGCCAGACCGUCGCACGCCUCUAUCCGCAAGGCCAGCACUGCCACAACCGGUGCAGUGAGGAUGCCCGACACAGUGGUUGGUCUGGUGGGUGGGGGGGACUUCGUGCUGGCGUGGACGGCGCGCGGCUGUCUGUAUGGGUGGGGAUCAAACGCCGACGGACAAUUGGGCGUCGGGGAUUUCAGCAAUCGCUUCCAACCGGCACGAGUGGACGCCCUCGAGGACGAUGCUGUCUCCCAGGUGCUUGUCGCCCACGGCCAUUCUGUGUUCGCUUUAUCUGAAAGGGGGAGUGUCUUCGCUUGGGGCAACAACUCAAAAAGAGAGCUGGGGCUGGACACAGGAAAGAAGAAGACCCAGGGCCACAGCCACAGCCAGGAGCCGAUUCAACCGACCGCAGCAGCUAGAGCGGCCGCCACACAUGUGCAGACGAGGGUGGCCAGGCCUGAGCCCCUCGUGAGCCUGCGGCCAUACAAGAUCAGCCGCAUCGAGAGUAAGAAUGGUACGCUGCUCGCCCACAUCGACCACGGCAGCAAGAAGCGAGCGGCCAUGGGCGUGCAUCAAGCAGCAGAAGGUGCGCUGAGCGAGGCCCUCUCUCUCAAGACACCCUCACCCGACACCAAACCAGAGCCCCAACAUGCCCGCCUGCCUGUCGAAGAGGUUGAGCUGCUGCAGGGGGUGGAUUUCCUGCGCAAGGUCUUUGAGCAGAUGGCGUCGUGGUGGGAACAGCUGCUGCGGCUGCGGCACGGCGAGCCCGACCCCUCGUCGAUGGACACAAAUGCGGACCUCCACCACCGCGCAAAUAGGGAGCUGCCGGCACACGAGAUGGAUCAGAACGUUGAGGAGAGUGCGCUGCUGCACGCACUUGACAGCCUGGGAGGGCUGCACAGGGCGGCCGUGGCACAGCUCAAGGAGGCACAGGGCGCUCCCAGGGCUAAGAACAUCCGGCUUCUGCUGACUAUCUUCAUUGACGACUGCCGGCUCCGCACGGUGGGUUUGUCGUCUUGUGUUGCAGACAGCAUGGCACGAAGCCCUCCCUUUUCUUUUCCAUGCUCUCUCCCCUUGUUGGUUGUGUGUUGGGUCAGGAGAAGGUCCAACGCACAUUGGGCGCCCGGCGGCUGACGGACCUCAAGCGAACCGUCGAGAAGAUCCCCGGCGAGCAGGUGCACGAGUUCGGCAACAAGACUGCAUCUGACAUCAAGAAGCUCCUUGCCAGCAGCAGCCAGGCGGAGGCGAUCCUGCAGCGAGUGCGCAGCGCUGAUGUGUCCGACCUGCUGUGCAGAGAGCUGCAGCUGUCUCUCGCACAGACAAUGGAGGCCCGUGUGCAGCUCUAUGAGACACAGAUCCAGCUGCUGCAGCACCUGCAGAACACCGCUCUCCAUGGCCUCAGCGACGCGCCUUCGGCCAGCGACCCCACUUUGCCUGCCCUUUGUGUGGUGGCCGAGAGGUGGCGCCAUCUCAAGAGCUUCUCAUUGGCCAAGCUGUGUGCCGAGUGCGAGAGACACGCACACGAGUACGGGGACAAGGAGGAGUUUCUGCAGUGGCUGGUCAAGGCGUCGGAUCAGAAGAUCGACCAGCUGCUGCUCAUGCAGAAGGACCCACCUGCCGUCAUGCAGGACUGCCUGCUGCCGACACUGUGCUACGAUCUUUUGCACGAGAACGCUGAGCUGCGCAAGAUGGCCAACGCCUACCAGCUGCGGGUGUUCAUCCUCCACAAGAGGGCACAGGCUCAUCAUAUUCAUGGUGGGGGUGGUUUGGGAGGCACCAUGGGCACACUGGGGCUGAGCAAGAGUGGCGGUGUGUCAGGGAUGGGUGUGUCUGGGGGCUCUAUGUCGGCUGGGAUGAGCAGGGCGCCUGUGCCCCCGCUGCCGCUGAGCAGGAAGCAUUGAGUAAAUGAGAGACGCGGG